UCUUCGGAUGCCCCUGAAUGCAGCAUCAGAAACAUGGCGCCGACCAAGAAGCGCAACGUGAGUUCGAAACAAACGGCACAAGACGGAGUUAAAAGAGCUGAAGUCGACCUAAACUGUAAAGUCGAGCGGAUUCUCAGCAGUAGAAAACAUGCUAACGACGUUUUCGACAUUCUCGAGUUGCUACAGUCGGAGAAAGAAAAGGAUGUCUCCAGUGCCGUUAAUACGUGCAGUAAAUUGUUCUGCACUUUGUUGGAGAAGAAGGAGCUGUUCGUGGGGAAACUGCCUGCAGAGGAAGAAGCUUUGAGCGGAGGAUACAGUGCUGAGGAGAAGUAUCGCAUAUUCAUGCGACACCGAUACAAUAGUUGUGUGGAGAUGUUAUUGGAGAACUUCAGCCAUGAAGAACACGGAGUCCGGGAGAGCGCCCUCUGCUGCCUGGUGAAGUUUGCUGCAGAGGAAGGAAAACAUCCUCUGGAGGACUUGGAGUGGAGCGAGCACUACAGCUUUCCAUGGGAGCUCAUCCAGUCCCUAGUGGACAGACUACUGUCCAGACGUACGGACAGUUCUCUGCUGAUCUCCAGGUUUCAGGAGUUUCUGGAGAUGGAGGACAUGCGCUAUUAUGUGAUGAGCUCAGUCCGUGACUGUGUGUGCCGGGUUAUGGACAAAAACAAAGGGGCUGUGUUGCCUGUCUACCAGAAUAAUGUUUUCACCCUCAUGUCCAACAUCUACAUGCCAGACAAGGAGUCAGAACUCACCAACUUCAUGGUGAAACAAGAAGCUAAGCAUGAGGACUGGAAAGCUACUAAACUUAAAGAGCACAGGCGGGUUUUUGAGAAGAUGUGGCUCAGUUUUCUGAAGUACAAGUUACCGAGCAACAUGUAUAAAAAGCUGCUGGUGAUCCUACAUGAUUCAAUUUUACCACACAUGAACAAACCCACACUCAUGAUUGACUUCUUGACUGCUGCCUAUGAAGUUGGCGGCGCAAUUAGCCUGCUGGCACUCAAUGGACUGUUUAUCCUCAUGCAUCAACACAACCUAGAGUACCCUGAUUUCUACAAGAAACUGUACAGUCUGUUGGAGCCUUCUGUUUUCCACGUGAAGUACAGAGCACGUUUUUUCCACUUGGCCAACAUCUUCCUCACCUCCAGUCACUUACCUGUGUACCUGGUGGCGGCGUUUACCAAACGUCUGGCUCGUUUGGCUCUCACUGCGCCACCUACAGCCCUCCUUUUCAUAUUGCCCUUCAUCUGCAACCUGAUCCGACGACACCCGUCCUGCAGGGUCCUCAUUCACAGGCCCAGCAUGGAAGAAGAACCAUUGGAGGACCCAUUUCUAAUGGAUGAAGAGGAUCCUGCUCGAUCCCAUGCUAUGGAAAGCAGCUUGUGGGAAAUUAAGACACUGCAGAAGCAUUACCAUCCAGAUGUGUCCAAAGCAGCUGUGCAAAUCAACACGUCUCUCUCGCGAAAAGAAGAUGAGAUCAGUGAGCUGCUGGAGAUAACGGCUUUUGAGUUGAUGGAGAGAGACCUGAAGCCGAGCCAGACAAAGAGUGUCCCACUGGAGUUUGAAACGGCCACACACUUACUUAAAGGAGGUGGCGACGUACUGGGACAGCACUUCUGUCUGGACUAAAGUGCACACUGUAUUCACAGAGUGGUGUAAAUGUCUGGGAACCCCUUCAUGUGACUGUGAGCAUCUUCUUCCAGCUGAUAACCCCCGUGUGGAUUCACCAUUCAUGGCAGAAAUGUGGAAAAUAUACUUAUUUUAUUGG